AUGAAGGAGUCAUUAACAAUGCCACUGCUACAUUCGUUAAGGGAAAUAGCAAGCUUUGUGGAGGCAUCCCCGAGUUACACUUGUCCAGAUGCAACUGGAAGAAAGAAGAAAGAGCAGCCAACAGCAACUUGUGCAGAAAAUUCACUUUUACAGUUAUCAUAUCAAAACAUCGUAAGGGCUACUGAUGGAUUCUCCUUGCAAAAUUUGGCUGGUUCAGGUAACUUCGGUUCUGUAUACAAAGGAAUUCUUGAAGAGAGUGGAGUAGUUAUUGCUGUUAAGGUGCUUAAUCUUCUUACUCAUGGAGCUUCCAGAAGCUUCUUAGCUGAAUGUGAGGCCUUGAGGAACAUUAGACAUCGGAAUCUUGUCAAGGUAUUAACAAAAAUUUCAGGUGUUGAUUAUCAAGGCAAUGAUUUUAAAGCAUUGGCUUAUCAAUUCAUGGUAAACGGAAGCUUGGAGGAUUGGCUGCAUCCAUCUGUUGGCAUGAAUGAACAGGAGACAGUGAGAAACCUGAAUUUCUUCCAAAGGGUAACUGUGGCAGUAGAUGUUGCUCACGCACUGGAGUAUCUGCACCACCAUUGCGAUACUCCAAUUAUUCAUUGUGACCUCAAGCCAAGCAAUAUUCUACUUGAUGAGGAAAGGGUUGGCCAUAUAAGUGACUUUGGCUUAGCAAAAAUCCUUUCUGCUGACAGGCUUAACAAUUCUAUUACUCAGUCAAGCUCCCUCGGAAUAAGAGGAACUAUUGGUUAUGCUCCACCAGAAUAUGGCAUGGGAAGCGAGUUGUCAACAAAAGGUGAUGUGUAUAGCUUUGGCAACCUCUUGCUAGAGAUGUUUACGGGAAAAAGGCCGACUAAUGAAAUGUUCAAAGAAGGUUUCAGCCUUCACAACUUUGUUGUGGCAGCUUUGCCUGAACAACUGAUUGAGAUUACAGAUCCCAUUCUUCUUGAAGAGCAAGUCAAACAAGGAAAUGACAGACAUCUUCAAUUCUUGAAUUCAAUAUUGGAAAUAGGAGUUAUUUGUUCUGCUGAAUCACCAAGCGCGCGGAUGGACAUGAGUGAUGCCGUUACCAAGCUUUGUUCUAUUAGAGACAAGCUUCACCCUACUCGAUUGCAUCGUGAGGGCCAAACUUUACAUGCUGCUCAAUCAGCAGAUGAUUUGAACAAGUAUCUGAGGAGCCAUAAAAGUGGACUUGAGAGGCUUAGGUGCAGCAAAGUACUGCCAGUUCUUUAUUUCGCUUUGUAUCUGGUAUUUGCAGAAGUAGAACUUUUCCAACAAGCACUCGAGUUGGAGAAGAGAAAAAUAAAGAGCAAGUUUGUCCACCUAUUAUUGGUGUAUGUAAUUUGUAUGAAUUUUCUUUUCUUGUGGAUUAUCAUCAAAUCAGAAUUCAGAAUAAAGCAAAUAAGUUGUUCUGCUACACCUUUUUCAGCUGGUUAA